AUGCCCAUUAUUAGUAGUAGUGGUAAUGGAAAUACGAAAUCGGAUCGCCUGAAUGGGUUGUACCGAGUUUCGAAGGUGAUUUCAACCUCGACCCAUAAGGAUCUAUUGAAGAAUGGUUACUUGUUAGCCGCGGAGCCGAGCUAUCGGUAUGAACUUUUAAAUUUGAAAAGGUGUUAUCUAUUGAAAAAAGAUGAUGAAGUGGAACGUUUAAAGAAUGAACUACAAACACUGAGGACUGAAUAUGACGCAUUAAGGUUAAAAGAUAAUGAACGAAAAAAGCAGUUACACGAAUUGUUGUUACAAAUGGCCGAUGCCAAAGCCAAGCUUAGAGUGGCAAUGACCCUCGACGAUUUUAUUUCCUUCUUACAGUUGGGAUUUUUUGCCACACUUUGGUUCUCAGCGUUGCUUCUUUCCAGAAACGAAGAAUCUCAUUCUGAUCCAUCAAACUAUUGA